AUGGCGUCUCUAAUUGUUCACCUGCUCCUGGUGGAGACUUGUGUAUUGGUUGUCGCGGGGACUAAUUUACUGGGGAACAGUGAUUUUGAGUCGGCUACCCUAGGUACCUACUGGAGUAAAUCGGGAUGUUCCUGGGCCAUUAGUACGACGGAGAAACGUGGAGGAGCGCAGAGUGUUCACAUCACGGGAAGAUCAGCUAGUUGGGCCGGACUCGGCUACCUAAUCUCGCCACCUGACGUCACUUCCGGUAAACUGUAUGCUUUUGUCGGAUAUAUUAAGUUGGAGAACCUUGCGGCUGGCUUCUUGUAUCAUGAUGUAUUUGUGAAGUUACGGGUAGAAACACUUGACGGUAGUAAAAGUUACACCAACAUAGCCAUACAUCCUCGUCUUCGACCAGGAUCCUGGCAAGAAGUGGGCGGGGACUUCAAACUCCCGGAAAAUGUUAAAGAGAUCAAAAUAUACAUUCAAAUUGAAGAAUCGGAUGUGAAUUAUUUCUUUGAUGAUGGAAGUCUCGUGGAGCUCGUUCCGGACCCAAAUUGGAGGUUAAAGGCAGAAUCCAACAUUGACCUCUUUCGGAAAGCCACAUUAAAUAUUAUAGUGAGAAAAGUCAAGGGAAUAAAGCUGAAGGCUUUCACGAUAGAGGUUGAACAGAAAAAAAGCGAGUUUGGACACGGCACAGCGGUGAAAGCUAAGUUGUGGACCAACUCAAGCUAUGCAUUCUACAAUGACUUCGUGUACAACACUCUCAAACCAGAAUGGGCUGUGCUUGCUAAUGCUCUCAAAUGGAAGGGCAUGCGUUGGACCGAGAAUAAAUUACGGUUUGACGAUGCCAAUGCGACUAUCAAUGACUUGCUGGAUAACGGACUGUCUGUACGAGGACAUAACGUGUUCUGGGGUGUCGAAGAAUGGGUUCCUGACUGGGUACGAGGUAUUACAGAUCCUGCAGAGAUGUUGACCAAGAUCAAAGAAAGGAUCAGCGAAGUGGUUACACUCACCAAAGGGAGAAUUGCAAACUGGGAUGUCAACAAUGAAGCCCUACAUGACGACUUCUACGAGCGUAAAACCGGAAAUGUUGAUAUCACGAUGGACAUGUUCCGAGAAAUGUUUGCGAAAGAUCAAAAUACCGGACUUUUUCUCAAUGACUUUGCUGUGUUCAACAAGGGUGUUUACACAACGGCUCUAACUAACCAAGCCAAGAGUUUUGUGGACAACCAGGUACCAAUCCAUGGUAUUGGGGUUCAAAGCCAUUUCCCGUCUACUGAUGUAGAUAUGACUCAACUCAAAUACCGACUGGACAAAGUUGCCGAAGCUAGUCCUCCAAUCUGGGUGACGGAGAUGUCUAUCCGGGGCACCAACAACACCGCAAAGGCUUUGGCCAUGGAGGAUGCCUUGACAAUGUAUUUCAGCCACGAGAAGGUGGCUGGCAUCCUCAUUUGGGGAUUCUGGGGUCCAUCUAUCCAGUGGCCAGAUGAUACUCUGACUACAGAUACGAUACCAAUUGUUUUGAACGAAGCCGGCCAAAAGUACGUCGAUCUAGUUAACACCGCAUGGAGAACCAACUGGACCGCGAAGUUGAAAACGUACAAGAACCGGAGAUAUUUUAAGGGAGACUACUGCAUUAAAGUAAAAAAGGAUGGGGUGACCUUGAAAACCAUUAACUUCUCUUUAUUGAGGAACCGGAAGCUGAAAUUGAAAAUCAAAGGAACAAGAAAAUCGAGAACCGGUAAAGGUGUUAUUUGA